UCAUCCACUGGAACAAAGAUACUGGUGCUGACCGAGUAUCUAUAUAUUUGUAACCUCAGAAGAUAAUAAUAUUAAUAAUUUGACCAUGGAGUUACUGUUCCAGUCACCGACAAAGAAUGAUCGGGUGAUGAUGAAGAUGGGUUGUUUAGUAAUAAUGAUGAUGGUGCUGGUGUCGAGUGUGAAAGCUUGGACUGGUGAAAUUCAUGGGAGAGUUGUUUGUGAUGUGUGUGGUGAUUCAUCAAUCGGCCCUGAAGAUCAUGUCUUAGAAGGUGCUGAAGUAGCUGUUCUUUGCAUAACAAAAGGUGGGGAAGUUCUAAAUUACCAAGCAUUUACAAAUGCCAAAGGAAUUUAUACCGUGGCAGAGACGAUGCCUGAAAGUGACCGUUGGGAUGCAUGCUUGUCGAGACCUAUCAGCAGUUUCCAUGAGCACUGCACCCAAUUGGGUAAUGGAAGCACCGGAGUGAAGUUCAGUUAUAAUCGUCCGUCAGGUUUUUCUCACACCGUCAAACCAUUUGUCUACCGCCCUGCAAGUCUACCUACUUACUGCAUCUAAUUGCCUACAUAUUACUUCAAAGUUGUGGAACAGGCAGUUCAUGUUUUCCAUAAACUUGUGCAGUUAGAUAUUUACGUGCAACGUCGAGAGUAGGUAAGUAGUUUGUUUGUGCUGUUAUUAGUUAUAGAUUAUAAAUUCAUAUAUAUCAGAAAAUGGAAUAGUUGUUUCACAGAAUAUUAUAUGCAGAAAUCAAUGAAAGCCAAACUGUAUUCUUGAUUCUGGAAAUUGUACCAGUAUAAGCAUAUUAUGAAUCCAUACCGCAUACUUUAUUUUA